CAAUAAGAGUGGCUCAAAGGAAGGAACAGAAUGAAAUUAAAAUAGACAAACUAGACAAAGUAAUGUUAUGGAAGUUAGAAAGUAGAAGAUAGAAAUAGGAUAUAUUAUGCCACGAAAGGAUAAGUUCGAAAGCAAUGCCUCAUCUCGUCGGACACAUACAUACAUGUCUGCCGAAGACCAAGCCAGUGGGAAGAAAUCGUAUUGGACGGAAUUGGAGAUAACAGGGACUAUCCGUAAUUUAAGCCCGAACUUAUUUCAAAUGACUCAUCUAACAGCUUUAUAUCUAAAAAAUAAUUGUCUUCAGAGAUUACCCACUGAUAUAUGCCAAUUAACAAAUUUACGUAACCUGGAUUUAAGUUAUAAUAAACUCCGCUCACUGCCUGCUGAACUAGGAGAACUUAUACACCUCAGGGAGUUGCAUCUCGCCCACAACUACCUGAGAAUCUUACCCUACGAACUGGGCAAACUCUUCAAUCUGAUGAUCCUCAGCCUUAUGGGAAACCCACUAAGCAAAGACAUUAUGCAGAUCUACAGUGAACCGAACGGGACGCAGAAGUUGCUCACUUUCAUGCUGGACAACUUGCAAGUAACUACACCUUCACCACCUCCUCGACCUUGGAUUCCGUUGGCCAGGCCCUCUACAAAUAGGCCCACAUGUAUCUUCACUGUGAUGUGUUAUAACGUUCUUUGUGAUAAACUGGCGACGCGACAAAUGUACAGUUACUGCCCCAGCUGGGCCCUGAACUGGGAAUACAGGAAGAAGGGCAUCCUGGAGGAGAUAAAGCACUACGGCGCCGACAUCAUAAAUCUCCAGGAGGUUGAAAUGGAGCAAUUCUACAAUUACUUCCUGCCGGAAUUGAAGAUGGACGGUUACAACGGCAUAUACUCGCCCAAGUCCAGGGCGAAACACAUGGCGGAGAGCGAACGGAAGUACGUCGACGGCUGCGCUAUAUUCUACAGGACGUCGAAGUUUACCUUAGUAAAGGAACACUUAGUUGAAUUCAAUCAGUUGGCGAUGGCGAACGCAGACGGCUUAGAACACAUGUUGAACAGGGUAAUGCCAAAGGACAACAUUGGGCUAGCUGCCCUUUUGCAAACCACUGAUGCGGCCUGGGACAACACUCCGCCAGACGCCCCCUUCAUCCACCAGCCCCUCCUCGUCUGUACAGCGCAUAUCCAUUGGGAUCCCGAAUUCUGUGAUGUUAAGCUAAUCCAAACCAUGAUGCUAUCCAACGAGCUCAAAUCGAUUCUCGAACAGUCCGCGGAGACCCUGAAGGCGCACAACCUCCACCUGGACCCGAGCAACAUCCAGCUGGUGCUCUGCGGCGACUUCAACUCCCUGCCCGACUCGGGCGUGAUCGAGUUCCUCGGCACCGGGCGGGUGUCGCAGGACCACAAAGACUUCAAAGCAUUUAGCUACAAGUCCUGCCUGGAGAAGAUCUUGAGCUGUGAUAAACCAAAUGAAUUUACACAUUCCUUCAAGCUCGCGUCCGCAUACAAUGACGAAAUUAUGCCGUUCACCAACUACACAUUUGACUUUAAGGGUAUCAUCGACUACAUCUUCUACGCAAAGCAAACAAUGACUCCGCUGGGCUUGUUGGGUCCCCUGUCGCAGGAAUGGCUGCAGCAGAACAAAGUGAUAGGCUGCCCGCAUCCGCACGUCUACUCCGACCACUUUCCUCUGCUAGUUGAACUGGAAAUGGUGCCUACGAUAACCGCAGCAAUGAAUGGAGUUGUAACUCUCAGGUAGCAACACGCAGAGCAUAGAACAUAGCCAUUGUCGCCUUCGCAUUUGCUGUACCUGUAUAUCAGAAGACACAAGGUCGUCAAGCCACAGACAACUUCGUUUCGGAAAAAAUGUUUCGGAAGUAGUACCUGACGGCAUCGUCCUAUAAACCAAAAAUAAAGCAAACCCAUACAUUUCUUGAAUAAGUUCAAAUCUACCUUUUUACUAAAGAUAGAGUUUUUGUGGUGGCGUCUCACAUCCGACCGGAAAUCAAAAACAAACGCGCACACGCUCGCCGGUCGCGAUCCCGCGCGACGCGCCGUCAUUUAUUUUUUGUAUUCAUUGUAAUUGAGAUUGCUGUGAUUUUCGCGUUAUUUUUUAUUUUUCUUGCGCGCGCGACGCGCGGGAUCGCCUCCAGGCCCGUUCAUUGGCUUCUUACUUUUUUUUUCCGUUUUAUUUGGGAGGUUAUACACCGCACGUUAGAUAUUACACGCGUUACUAUCAUUUUUACUGGAUUGUAAUAUAAAAAUUUAUAUUUUGUAAAUAACGUUUGACGCGGGAAUCGACAUAGAUCGAGGUAUAUUUCACGGUGGUGGGACCGCACGUGAGAAAUCUGCGCGCAUUUUAAACAAAUAUACUUCAAAAGUCUGAGGAUCAUGUAAAUUUUUCGUCUAAAUAGUAAGUAUAAUAUAUAACGUUACGACAGUAUGUAUUUAAUUUUAUGUAGAGUACUGAGAAGUACACUUUUUACCUUUUGUGUCCGUUUUUUAUCUGGUGACGAGACGUCGGCGGCCUCGACCGGGCGCGGUUUCCGUUUACUGUAAUUUUAUGUUGUUUUCAGUGUUUCCCCCUCUUCCUUCAAGUGAUAAUUUUUGUGAUCGGGGAACCCUGGCCGGUCGCGGCCGUCGGGCGUUCGAUUUAUUUAUUAUGUACGCGUUAAUUUUUAGUAGGGCGCAUCGAUGUUGAUACAUUUUUUUUUUGUUGUGAUCCGUUACGUGCUUGCUUUUUCUCAAUACACGGAAACAAUAAUGAAUAGGAAAAAAAAACGCUUUUCGAGAACUGUUUCUAAAAAAUGUACUAUAUUAUUUUUAUACAACAAGAAAUUCUCUUUUCAAAAUAAAAUACAAAAAAAUAAACAAUUUUUUACCUUUUAAGAUAAAUAGUGAGUGCUAGGAGAAAUCCGCGGCCGUGUUAUCGUAUCCGGUAGUUAUCUUAAUAAUAUGCAAUAUUAUACACAGAGGUACAAAUAGGGAUAAAUGGGAGUAGACGAGGCAAUUUUUAGUGCAAUAACUGCGGAACCUUUUUUUUUAUCAAAUUGUAAAUAGGCGAUCUUUUAUUUUUUUAAUUUUUCGAACUUAGCAUCUUUUAAUCGACUGACGGCGACUUAGCAAUGACUGAUGCGGUGUGUUCAGGGAUACGACAAAUGCAGGUUAAAUCCGAGGUCAAACGAUUUUUAGUAUUUAGCAGAAGCAUAAAAAAAAUGAGAACUUUUCGGAAAAAUAUUUCGAUGUUUCCUUUGUACGGAGUGGACCAAAUUCGACAUUUUUGAGAGAGGUUUCUCCUAUUUCCCGAAAAGAUACGAAAAAAGUAAUUUGAAUGUCACCGGCUCGAUUUUUGGGGAACGUUGAUUUGCGAAAACCGCACCUCGAUAUCUUGAUUUGUUUCAGAGAUACAGGGCGUUUCCCAAUUUUGGUUGGUUUUGUAUUAGAUUUUUACGAAGAGGUUUUUUUCCACAGUUUUGUUUGCAAAAUCCGGCGGCGUACGCGAUGCUUUCCACUAAUUGAAUUUUUUUGUAAUUGAAAAUGAAUAUUUUACGAUUUUUUAAGCAUAAAGUUUCCUUUCAAAUGAUUUUUGACAUUUUUGUCAUCACUUGAAAGGGAAUUUUAUGCAGAUUUGAAAUUUUAAUAAAACUAUAAAAAUAUGUGAAAAAUGAGUAAAAUAUCGCAAAAAACUAAAAAACCUCUAAAAAAACCUAAUAUUUCUAUGGAAAAAAAAGUCACUGAGCAUCGAAGAAAACGGCCAAAAUAGGAAAAUGCAUUGUAUUGGAAAUUCCUCUUUUUUCAAAAAUCUUGGUAUUUAAAAUAUUUAUUUUCUGUCACGUCGAGAGACGGGAGAACCCCCGCAAAUUUGUCUAAUUUGGCUCACCCUGUACAGUGUGUUUCAUUUCGAUCAUCACCGUCUUCAUAUUUUGAAACCGAUGGGUUGAUUUUCAUACACAUUUCUUUGUUUCUAACCUGUCUUCAUGGCGUACUGUGUUGAAAAACUUCCAUAAAAAUUAGAAUAUCGGAUUAGGCAUAAUUUCUUUCAGAUGGACACACGCAAUACAUUUUUAUAGAUUUUAUUACGCAAUUUGUCUAAAUAUGAAUCA